AGCAUCAAAUCCGACUGCCUCGAAGAGCACAACUUUUACAGGAGCAAACAUGGUACGCCUGCCUUACAAUACAACUGGGAACUUGCUAAGCGUGCUCAAAAGUUGGCUAAUUUUCUGACCAAGAACGAACCACCGGAAAAGGUGACCAAUGGCAUGUAUGAUGCAAACUUUUUCAUCGCAUCCUGGCCUACCGCGAGGACAAUAAGUGACGCUGUAGAAAACUGGUAAGGAAAAGGCUGUAGAGGAAAUAGGCCAUUUUACAGUUGUGUAUGGAAGCGAGGCUGAGGGUGACCUUGUUUUGAUACAAACCUUCCUGCUUUAUUAUGUAAAUCAAGUUAUUCUUAUGCUAACCAGUAUUUUUCAAGAACAAUUUCCAUAACAAAGCAAAGAAGGUUUGUAUCAAAACGAGGUCACCCUCAGCCUCGCUUCCAUCCAUAACUGUAAAAUGGCCUAUUAUAGGCAUGAAAGCUUCACUAAUAGAGUGUUUUCACAUGACGUCACGGCGGCCAUAUUGGUGUCCCAAGACAAUGAAACGGCGGCCAUGUUGGUGUCUCAAACAAAUCCUGUGGGAGUUUAACUCUUUUCUUAUGCAAACGCCCCCUUUUCUUCCAAUAAAUUUGCAUAGAUGCUGACCAGGUGAGUUAAAACACUCUAUGAGAUAACGGAGACAAUGUUCUUAUGAGUCAGCUUACAAACUUAGACGUUACAUGUAACAACAUUCGUUCAGUACGGCAUAAGAGGCCUGACGUGACGGCGCGCGGUCCAAACAGACGCAACAACUCUCAACAUGUUUGGCCCACAAUGUUCAUUUAUGUCCAGGGUUGAGCUUUGCUACGAAAUUUUCGAAGUUAACGAUUUUCGCGAUGGCCUUGCGAAAACUGCAAAAUUUGCAAACUUAAUGAUUUUUUACGAUGACCUUGCGAAAACUAGACAAUUUGUCGAAGGCCUUCCUCGGCCUCAUUUACAUUUCCUUGUCACUUUUUGCAAGUGGCCUUGCAAAACUUAAUUUCGUUAUUUCCGUUGUUUUCGCAAUUUUCGUAGCACUUUUGCAAAAUUUGUGAUUUUUGUAAAUUUCGAAACAGAGUUCAAUCCUGGACAUAUCUCACAAUGUGGGGAGUUGUGGCGUCGGCCCGUUUACAGUUUGACCGGUUUCAAUCUUUGCGCAACAACUCGCAACAACUCCCUACAACAUGCAACACAACAUGCAACAAUGUGUGCAUACGGACGCAACAUGCAACAUGCAACAAUAUUGCGUCCGUUUGCAAGGGGCUUGAAGUGAAUUCGCCUUCCUUCCAUCAUAAUUCCAGUUGAUUUACUUUUUAAAUGAAGGUCAACUCAACUGGAGCUAAAUUCUUAAGGACCAAAUCCAAGUUCAAAAAGAGAAAAACAAUUUCGUUGUCGCUAGGUUACUUCCUCCGUUGUAGAAAUUAGGAAUUUUCACGUCGUAAACGUGCACUGAGAAAUGUCCAAUAAUUGGGAUGCACGGGCAAAGCUGUUGUUCUGCUUUUAGCAGGUAUGCAGAUUUAUUGGAAGAAAUAAAGUUUUGACAUAAUGACCCGCGAAAACGAACGCAACAUUGCUGGCAACUUUGUUGCGUCUGUUUGCACGUAGCUCAGACACGUAGCUAAAAGUUUGACCGGUUUAAAACUUUGCGCAAUAACUCCCAACAACAAGCAAAAACAUGCAACAGGGUGUUCAAACAGAAGCUGAACAUUUCGUCCAAUAAUGUUGGGAGUUGUUGGCCAAUAAUUUUGCUUCCGUUUGCACAGUUUGCACGGGGACAUAAACAUGUCAAUAACACGGCCCCACUUUAAUUCAAGUUGUUUUGGGACUACAAAAUAGAUGACGUGACGUCAUGCAAAACCACUCUAUUAACCUUGUUCCUUUUCUUUGUGUUACACGUUCUCGUCGCGGUCACUCGCCAACGUAGGAUCGUAAAGCCUCCUUCAUACGCUGAAUUUUUUUAGAUGAGUUUAAUUCAAAUCUAAAUUGGAAUCGACUUUCUAGAUCUAGCCUGCGAACGGCAGACGUUUCUCCUCGAAACGUCCCUCAGCGGUGACGAGCGAGAAGAAACGUCUGCAGUUCGCAGGCUAUUCUAGAUCAUGAGCUAAAAGCGUUAGCUUAGUAAUUGGGAUCGACUAAUUUUGGGCAAAGUCCACACUUUCCUAUAUUUAUUAGAACUGACAUUAUAAUUUUCCCUGCCUCUUUGUUCAGUUUUAUCGAAAAUGCUUGAUAUAUCUCAUUCUUUCUUUCUGGUGGCCUUUUAAGGUACAUUGAGGGUAAUUCCUACAACUACACUAAGCCACUAAUCUCCACAGACAAUCACCGUUUCAUCGAGGUAGGUUGA